UGACCAUAGUGUGUGGGUGGGAGCCAGGCUCCAGUGAAACGGUGGUAUUUAUAUUUAGGUGUCCAAGUUGUGUUUUUAGAGUCAAUCCCCUGUUCCAAGGUAGUAGAUAUAUUUGCUAUCAUGUGGUUUAUUAGUUUCUUGGCUUUAGGGGAAUACAUUUCUACAGAAUAAGCUGACCUUAGUUUUCCUGGGAGGACAGUUCACAUUCAUGGUAAUUUUGAUCCAGGAGACAGAAUCAAGACUAAACGUGAACAGUGUCUCUUUCUCAUGUAUCUCUCUCUCUCUCCCCCAGCUGUGGUGCAUUUAGGAGGACUGCGCUAUCCCAGGAUUCUCCUUGAUGUUGUACACUUUAGCAGGAGGCGGCACCCUCUGCGGGGUGGCCGCCCUUGUGCUUCUCAUCGUCUCCACGGCGACUGACUUCUGGAUGCAGUACCGCUACUCCGGCAGCUCAGCCAACCAGGGCCUCUGGAGGUUUUGCAUAAAUCACAAGUGCCACGCCCACACCGUCACCGUGGCCUUCUGGGAUGCCACGCGGGCCUUCAUGCUGCUGGCUGUGCUGAGCUGCUUCGCCGGCGUGGUCCUGGGGCUGAGCGCCUUCGCCAACGGCACCAACAGCAGGAGGGUACGGACCGGGGGCAUCGCGUUGCUCCUGUCAGGUUUCCUCGCCCUGCUGGCCCUGUCAGUCUACACUGGGGUGACGGUCACCUUCUUUGGCAAGCGCUUCCUCGACUGGCGUUUCUCCUGGUCCUACAUCCUGGGCUGGGUAGCCAUCCUUUUCUCCUUUGCUGCAGGUAUGUUCCAGCUCUGUGCCUACCAGAAGACCGUUGCAGAACCAGCCCCUCCCAACAUCCCCGACAGCUAAGAUGGAGACGUCUACCUACACAGAACCACCACAGCUACUCACCCGGAGCCUGAUGUCCCCACUGGCUACCCUCGUACUAGGACCAGGACAUAGGAACUGGUUCCAAGACCACAGGGUCCUGGAGAAUGUGCUGAAUAGAAUAAAAUGGUCGUCUUGGAGUUGUGCUUGGUUUCGCUUGCUUAAAAUGGAUGUAUAACUUGCAGUGUAUUUGAAAGAUUUUUUCCAUGCACUACAUAUAAUUGCCUCCAGGUGGCGGUCUUGUAUCACAGACAUGUUUCAUAAAGACAACUGGCCACUGCUGUGACACUGGCUAAUAAUACACAUUAGAGUACAGUUGAGUCCAACAAACUUCAACUCAGUCGACACGUUGCUUGGCCUUGACCUAUGGCUUGCAAUAUAUAAUCUAUUACCUGAACUAAGGAACUGCUUACAAAAGGUUUUUG